GGACUUGGAGCUACGACCUUUGCGACAAGAGGCCCUGCGAGCCAGCGAACCUCGGCAUGAAGCCGAAGCCCUCCGAGCGCGCGGAUCUUGACACCGAGAGACACCCGGAGCUGAGCAACAACAACACCCUGAUCAGCUACGGCUCUUAUUGCGACACAUGGAAGAAGACGGAUAAGCUGAUGUGGGCCUACGUGGGGUUUGACACCACUUGCGUCGAGCGCACGCGCAAGCUGGUGCCGAAGAACGGGGACUUCCCUCCCGGUCUGCCUUACAUGUUCCAGUCCUGGACGGCCUGCACGGGCAACAAGCUUUGGGACACCAAGCGCCCGGACGGCACCGUGGGGGCGCUCUACGACGUGAAGGUGAAGUGCAUGUGGUACCAGACCGUUCUGGAGUGCUUCAUCAUUGCGGACUUGAUGUUCACAGUGCCCAUGAUGGUGAUCAUGUACUACUUCAUCGCCAAUCGUUGUGCCGACAACUUCGAGGUGGAGGAGCACUUUGUGCCUGUGGACACCGAAUCGGAGUCCGAGUCCGAGGACGAGGCGAAAGAGGCAACCACACCUCCUGCUCCUGCUCCUGCUCCUGCUGCGAAGGCAGCCGCCAAGUGAGCGAUGGCCUUUUUUUCGGGGAAAAAGACGGAGCGCGGGAGCGUGUGUGUGUGUUUUGUUCCACGGUUGCCCUCCUUGAGGUGUUGCCUACACCCAUGGAGAUCCAAUUCUUUGAGACCCC